GCUUUUUUGCCAUUAAGAUCCACAUGUCUCAAUGUAUCAGAUAAAUUCAUUGGAGUCAGACAUAUAUAUAGUAAAAUCGUUGAAAGAUGCUUUUAUAUUCUUUUUCCUACAAUCAAAAUCAAAAUCCUUGUUCCAACUGCCCAUUCCAUCUGUCAUUUUUCACCACUAUUGUUUUUUCCCUCUGAAGAAGAGGAGGUCCGGAAAGCACUGUGGACUUUGUGGGACUUGCACCGCAUUGGUUCGGGUUGAAUCUUUUUGUGUUGAAAUGGGGAGAUGGGUAUGAAGUGGGUACUGCAUUUUCUUUAGUUUUUGUAGCUGGUUUUUGGAUUGCAUUCCAAGUGGGUAGGCCUUGUUUUAUUCAUUGCAAGGCUUGUUGAGGAGCUUUUUUUUGAUUCGUGUGGUGCAAUGCAGGCAUUCUGAUAUGGAUAUCGAAGUGGGUGGGUAGAUUGUGUCUUAUAGUGAAGUGGGUAUUGGCUGGUUUUAGUUUUGGGAUUGGAUUUGAAGUGGGCUGGUCUUAUUUUUAAUGUGUUUUAGGCCUUAUACUGAGAUGGGUUUUCGUUGCAAUGGGAGGUUUGGUGGAGAUUCUUCUGUUACUCUUCUGCCAUUAUAGUGGUGUCAUAAGAGCAUUUGGUUUGCAUUCUUGUAAGUAUUGCAGUCUUUUAGGUCACUCCAUUCACGCUUAGAACAGUGGGGAGGGGGUGCUUUUCUGUUGUCAGGACCGCUUUUCUCUGUACAUUCCUGUUGAGGAUCCCAGGCCUUCUUUGAAGUGUGUGCUCCUUUGAGAUCUGAAAUCUGCAUUGUAUGUUAUUCCGCUUAAUUAGGAGGUUUUGACAAGUGUGCACCUGAAUCAGAAAUAAGAACUGACAGCCAACAUCUAGUCAGAACGGAGAUUUGGGAAAGAUGGCUUGUAUGAAGCUGGGAUCCAAGACUGAUGGUUUCCAACGAAAAGGACAGGCCUGGUUUUGUACGACAGGGCUUCCUAGUGACAUCCUGAUUGAAGUUGGAGAAAUGUCCUUUCAUUUGCACAAGUUUCCAUUGUUAUCACGGAGUGGGAAAUUGGAAAGGCUUAUUGAAGAAUUUUCUGACGAUGAAGAGGAGGGCUGUGCUAUAAAGCUGCAUGAUAUACCUGGUGGACCAAAUGCCUUUGAACUUGCAGCCAAGUUUUGUUAUGGAGUAAAAGUAGAGUUGACUGCUGCAAAUGUUGUUUUUUUAAGAUGUGCAGCAGAGCAUCUUGAGAUGACAGAAGAAUAUGGAGAGGGGAAUCUGGUUUCUCAGACCGAGGUUUUCUUGAAUCAAGUGGUGCUUCGUAGCUGGAAAGAUUCUAUAAAGGCACUUCAGAGCUGUGAGGAUGUGCUUCCACAAGCUGAAGGAUUAAAUAUUGUAAAAAGAUGUGUUGAUUCUGUAGCCACCAAAGCUUGCACAGAUCCAAACUUGUUUGGAUGGCCUAUGAUGGAGCAUGGAGCCAUGCAAAGUCCUGGAGGAAGUGUUCUAUGGAAUGGAAUCAGUACAGGAGCCAGACCAAAAAAUGCUAGUUCAGAUUGGUGGUUUGAAGAUGUCACUGGAUUGAGUCUUCAGUUGUAUAAGAGGCUGAUUUCAGCAAUGGAAGCCAGGGGUAUCAAACCUGAGAAUAUUUCUGGAUCUUUGACAUUGUAUGCAAAACGAUAUCUCCCUGGACUUAAUAGGCGCCAGGGUGUUCGAGAAAAUAGCAGCCGCUUUUCUGCCAUUUCAUUGUCUUCCACACCAUCUGAAGAUGAUCAAAGAUUUCUUCUUGAAUCUAUCGAGGCUAUGCUGCCAAUGCAAAAGGGUGUGGCAUCCACCAGGUUUUUGUUUGGACUGCUGCGUACUGCAAUGAUUUUGAAUGCAAACGCUGCUUGUAAAAGCAAUCUAGAGAAAAGAAUAGGGAUGCAAUUGGACAAGGCCUCACUGGAAGAUCUUCUUGUGCCCAAUUACUCCUAUGCAGUGGAAACUCUGUACGAUGUUGAUUGUAUUCACCGGAUUCUAGAUCAUUUUCUUGUGUUGGAUCAAGCAUCUGAAGAUGCAUCUCCUUGUUCAAUUGAUGAUGGGCAAUUGAUUGGUUCUCCAUCACUUACACCAAUUACUAUGGUUGCAAAGUUGAUGGAUGGUUACCUUGCAGAGGUUGCACCAGAUGUCAAUUUGAAGCUUCCCAAAUUCCAGUCGUUGGCAGCAGCACUUCCUGACUAUGCUAGACCUUUGGAUGAUGGUCUAUAUCGUGCUAUUGAUAUUUAUUUAAAGGCACACCAUUGGCUUACUGAUUCAGAAAGAGAACAACUUUGCAGGCUUAUGGAUUGUCAAAAACUUUCCUUAGAGGCUUGUACUCAUGCUGCACAAAAUGAGAGAUUGCCACUCCGGGUGGUGGUUCAAGUGUUGUUCUUUGAGCAAUUACAGUUACGGACUUCUAUUGCAGGUUGCUUUCUAGUCUCAGACAACCUUGACACUUCUAGGGCCCUGAGACAUAAUGUUCCUAUCUCCAAUGAAGGGGCCAUACAACCAUCAGCUAUGCGUGGAGAAGGCUGGGCCAAUGCAGUAAGGGAAAACCAGGUUCUUAAAGUGGGGAUGGAUAAUAUGAGAUUGCGUGUUUCUGAACUUGAAAAAGAAUGUUCUAGCAUGAAACAAGAGAUUCAGAAGUUAGGCAAAGGCAAAGGCCCAUGGAAUUCAGUUUCAAAGAUGUUUGGAUUUAGGAUUAAAUCUCAAUUUUGCACCACACAAGAAGCCGCUAUCAGCAGUCAACAAGAUGGUAUGAAAGAACAGGACCAGCUUAAGCCAAAACAAUCACGACACAAGCGAAAUGUAUCUUCUGCAAAUUAAUGCUUUCUAAAAAAAGUGCUUUAUUCUGUAGAAUAAUUUUUUUCUUGAUUAUUUGGAAUGUCUGUAGGUUUUUGCAGCAAAAGCAAAGUACGAUUUCUGUUUCUUCUUGUUGGGAAUAAAAUGCAUGACUUGAUUCAAACAUGUAAUUUUAUGUAAUUUAUGCAAGAACAGACCCUUAAUUGCCAUUUCCUGA